UCCCCACACCUAGGAAGUGACGUUUCUUUACUUCCGCCUUGCGUCUCGUUGUAUCGCAAGUGAUCCGCUGCCGGUUACCAAUCCUCCUUCUCGAUAGUGUCUCUGGACACAGAGUCAACAAUUGUCUUCACCUCGGACUGUGUCAUCUCCUGCGUCUACCUCUAAGCGAGUCGUGUUUUUUUCGAAGUGGCUAGCCUCUAACUUUGGUUAUAAUUACUAGUUUUGUGAGACAUAUUUAACGGAAACUCUUAGGAUAAUGUCAGAUUUCGACAGCAACCCCUUCGCGGACCCGGAGCUCAACAACCCAUUCCAGGAUCCAUCAGUGACACAAGUAAGACAGACUGCUCCUCCGGGGUUAGAGGAGUACAAUCCCUUCACAGAUGCCAAACCAAUGCCUGCGGGUAUGGCACCCAAGACUGGGGCACCCACCAUCAACACACAACCCGCCAUCAUGAAACCCACAGAGGAGCCUCCGGCCUACUCGCAGCCUCAGGCACAGGAGCAGUCGCGAGGAGCUGCUGAGCUGUUGAGGAGGCAGGAGGAGCUGGAAAGGAAGGCUGCAGAGCUGGACCGCCGGGAGAGAGAAAUGCAGUCACUCAGUGCUUCAGGAGGCAGGAAAAACAACUGGCCGCCCCUCCCAGAGAAGCUCCCUGUGGGCCCCUGUUUCUACCAUGACAUUACAGUGGACAUCCCUGUAGAGUUUCAGAAGACAGUCAAGAUCAUGUAUUACCUCUGGAUGUUUCAUACUGGGACGCUGCUUGCUAACAUGGUGGGCUGCCUGGCCUGGUUCUGUGUGGACGCAUCACGUGGGGUGGACUUUGGCUUGUCCAUCGUCUGGUUCAUGCUCUUCACGCCGUGUUCUUUCGUCUGCUGGUACAGACCACUUUACGGAGCAUUCAGGAGUGACAGCUCAUUCAGGUUCUUUGUUUUCUUCUUUGUGUACAUCUGUCAGUUUGGUGUCUACGUUCUACAGUGUAUUGGCAUCAGUGGUUGGGGCGCCAGCGGGUGGAUCUCAGCUUUGACUGGCCUGAAUCGGAGCAUCCCAGUGGGCAUUAUAAUGAUCCUCAUCGCUGCUCUCUUUACCUCUCUGGCUGUCAUGUCCCUCAUCAUGUUCAAAAAGGUCCAUGCGAUGUACCGUACCACCGGUGCCAGCUUUGAGAGGGCCCAGCAGGAGUUUGCCACAGGCGUCAUGUCCAACAAGACAGUCCAGACGGCCGCUGCUACUGCCGCCUCCAGGGCUGCACAGGGAACCUUCAAAGAGCAGAUCUAACUGGCCUAGAGAGCUCGCUCAUCUCUCCGUCCAACGCUUACCCACCCCCCCUCCUCUGCUCACAAGUGCAACACCCAUCUUCCACUUGAGCCAACUGCCCUGUUUGAACACAUUGAGAGUCCCCCCCAGCCUUCUGACAAUAUCGAAGUGGGUUAUGUGAGGGGCACUACGGUCGGCCAUCCCAGUCAGCCAUGAUCUGUAAUCUCAGUCCGAGUGGGAACAUUCACAGGAUUCAAACAGGGCCACGGCUCGCUACUGUCCUACUCUACCUGCCCCGGCAAUAUUGUGCACUCUCAUCACAGACUCUGAGACCCCUCACCUACGCUGCACUCCUACCACUCAACCAGCGUGCUCAACUUUAUUUUCUGUGUGUGUGUGUGUGUGUGUGUGUGUGUGUGUGUGUGGCCGGCCAGCUAAAUGAAUGUUUGUGUGCCUCUUUAAACGGCCUGUCUGUCCUCUGUAGACAUAUUCUAAUGUAGCUGAACCAAGUCCGACUUUCUAAAGGUACCUAGGCAUUUCCCACCAUCAACCACCCCAGCGUCAUUGGCUUCCCGUGCUCCUGGGCCUUUCUUUGAUUUAUCUAUCACUAUUUCCUAUUUUAAAUUUAUUUAUUACUGGACAAAUGGAAGUCAUCUAGUACUCUCUAGUUGUUGGUUAUAAUGCACACGCAGCAGUAUUCUCUGAUUUGUUCAGCUGUUUUCCAUGACUCUACACUGCUGCCCCCCGGUGGAUUGACUGUGUUUUGUUGAAGAUGAAUGCUGUGCAUUCCAGCUCACUGCCUUGCCUUCUACUUCCUGUUUUCCUCAGAAUUUGGUUUUAGAAAGUGUGAAGUCCUACUUCCUUUUUAAGUGAUGCGUCACCCAAAACCUUAUUUGUUAAGUAUCAAAACCCUCAUCCCUGUAUACUGUAGGAUUAAUGAUGAUUUUCAUUAUCCAAUAAUAAGGAAGGAAACAUAGUCAAAUAGCUACUUUUUUUCCAACCAACAGUCCAAAACCCAAAGAUCUACUAUUAACAAUGACGCAAAGCCAACAAAUAUUUGCCAUUUUAGCCACACUAGUAUCACAGCUGUGGGGAUGGCGAGGUCUGUCUCAACAAAUGUCGGAUUGAUUGCCAUGACAUUUUGUACAAACAUUCACGGUCCCCAGAGGAUGAAUCCUAAUGACUUUGGUGAUUGACGUGUGGUUUUUAGUGAAAUAUCCCCAAAACCUUUAGGUGGAUUGCCGUGAAGUUUGGUACAGACAUUCGUUGUAAUCAGUUUGAUCCCUUAACUCUUCAUCUAGCACCAUCACCAGGUCUAAACUUGAAUUUGUCCGACACCAAAUACCUGCAAAACUAAUGACAUUCCCAUCAUCCUCAGCUGUACUUUGUGUUUAGUGUUAAUUAGCAAAUGUUAGCGUGCUAACACUAAACUAAAAUGGUGAACAUGGCAAACAUUAUACCUGCUUAGCAAUAGCAUGUUAGCAUUGUCGUUGUGAUGUUAGCAUUUCGCUCAAAGCACUGCAGUUCCUUAGUACAGCCUCACAGAGGCUAGCAUGGCUGUGGAGACUUGGUGUAGUCUUCGUCGAUCGACUAAUCGAUUAAUCGUUUAAGCUGUAGUACUCUAUACUGUUGUCCUCCUUGACGCUAUGCCAGAGGUGGUGCUUUUAGUCGUAUUUUGGCAACAUAGUGACACAUGGAUAGAGGAGAAGUAGAUUAUGCUGCAAAAAGCCAAUUUUCUUUUGAUUCUUCCAUUGUAAAAACAUAUUACUGUUUUAACUAAAUUCAAGCCGAUCAGAGCCGUUGUUGUCUGUGAACUACAAGACUCUUAACAGCCACCUCUCGCACCUACAAGCCCUGUUUGACACCCAAAAGAUUUAGAUUUUAUUUGAUUUUGGGUGAACUGUCACUUUAAAGUUUGCUUUCAGGUAUUUAUUUGCCUGAAAUCUUUUGCCUAUAAUGAUCUACAUAUCCAUGAAAUUAUGCCAAGUUGCACUUUAAAUCUCCUCAUUAGAUUAUUUGUCUGCACACUGAAAUCGGUGCAAAUGGAAGAAUAUUUAUAAUAAUGGCCUCACGCCUUCCUGCCCAUACUUAAUUCAUACAUGUUACAUACACCAGCUGAGUUCAGCAUAGUUUUCACAUGAAGCCUACCUUGUUAUGUCAUUUCCUCAGAAAGAAAUGCAUUAAUGACACUGUCAACAAACAGUAAGAGGUCCGCUAUUCUGUAUAUACAGCUGCAUGUUUAUACAGUUGAUCAUUUUUGAAGAGGAAAGUGUACCUCGUCUCCAGCUUUUCUUGUGUACUGGAGAUUUACCUCAGUUUUACUCAGGAUGUACUCUUCACUUGCAUGACGAGGUCAAAAAUUAUGAGAUUGUAUGAAAUUAGACACAGACUGGCCCCUUGUUUUUAAAUAAAUGUGCUGUAAAUCAAUAUAUUGCAAUUAAAAUGACUUAAAAAGAUGACAAAAAUGGCCAGUAAUGUUGAUGUAAUGUUCUGAUAAUUGCUUGCAUAUUCAUAAUUUGACAAUUGUGGAUUGACUAUCACUGAAUUCCAGCAAGAACCACAAUCAAAUGCAUCAAAUCCGAACCUGCUUCUUCGAAUGUGUCUUUUUUUCCUAAAUACUGUAUGACCUUGUGUUGUUUCUGUGGGAGCUGCAAAGAGGUUUCCACUGUUUUGAAUGUGUCUGAUCUCUCUUGUCUGUUGUGUCUCAUGUUUAAGCCAGUUAAGCCUUUGUAUGUGUGUGUUGCGUAGGAGUGUAAAUAGAGGGAAUUGGGCCUUUAAGUCGUAAUCUGCAGAGUCUGGCUGUGGGUCCUUCUAGAGUUCCUGGAGACUUUUAUUCUGUUGAAGCUUCCUGCAACAUGCCUUGUUUUGCUCUCUGCUUCUUCUUUAUUUCACACUGGCUUAAUUUGGACCAGUGCAUGUGUAUUUCUGAGUACAUGUAUGUACAAAGUAACAUGAGAAUAUUCCUUAAAAAUAAUCAGACUGAGUGGCACCUACAGUUUUUUUUUUUGCUCUUUGACUUGCUUCAAAACAUGAUAAAUGUGAGAAAGGCGUUAGACUGCAAUGCAACGUGAACUGUGUGAUGUACUGUAGGUGGACUGUGGCUUUAAGCUGUGCUUCAAAAUCAACAAUGGUUUGUGGUAGAAACACUGAGAAUGAAAUUAAUAUAUCCAUAAGCAACUCUAACAAUAACAUUUUAAUGAAAUGAUUGAAAGAAAAGUAGUAAGAGAUGUUUGUAUAUUUUGUACGAUUUACAGAUGGUCGGUUACAUUUCGCUGUAAUUUUAAGAUGCACUCUGGUUUCACCUUCAGUCGCAUGUUCAGUAGUUUGAGUUUUGUAUAUUUAUUGUAUUAACACUGAAUAAAAUUCUUCUUCUGUA